AUGGUGCCUUCCAAGGGCACUCACUCGCAGGUCAGCUUGUUCCUGCUGUUGCAGCUCCUUUCAUCCGCCACAAACCCAGACGACUGGGUAGGGGCUUACCGAUUGAGGACCUGCACGACUGAAGCUCGUCUCCUUCAGAUUCCCAUCCACCUUCUCCAUCAUAGUCUGACCAAUGACCUCUCUUCCGGCGUUGGCCCCGAGGACACCGAGCAGCACCGUGUCUCUGCACCACACCCGCACCGCGGCGCACGGCAUCCACGCCUUCCCUUGGGCCCAGCCCGGAUCAGCCCGGACCAGUCCCGUCGUUCUGUCAGGCAGAUGUAG